AUGUCAUAUACUACGACAGCAAUUGAAGAGGCCACAGCCUCAUUUCCAAGCUUGAAACGCUUGGAAAUAGGACCGGAUGAAUACCCUGGUCUUGAUCCCGAAUGGCGAAAACUAUGGAACACUCAUGGAAGUUCCAUGGUUCGGGCAGAUGAAGUCAGCAUCGAGGAGUAUCGCCUCAAUCCCGCAAAAUACAGCUUCACCUAUCCGACAUACAAAGGUCCAGAAGUCUUCCAUGUUGAAGAUAGGCAAAUCCCAGUGACGAAACCAGAGGGCUCGAUCACUGUGAGAAUCUAUACUCCAGAAGGACCUGGGCCGUUUCCUGUUCAUCUGAACUUCCAUGGUGGAGGAUGGGUGCUAGGAGGUCUUCAGUCUGAAGCAGCAUGGUGUCGACACAUGUGCAAUAAGGCUUCCGUCAAAGUCAUCGAUGUUGAUUAUCGUAUGGGCCCGGAAUACAAGUAUCCAACAGCCAUAUAUGACUGCUGGGACGCUGUAAAAUGGACCAUAAACAACGCGACUGAGCUUAAUAUUAACCCACAGAGCGUCUCGUUCGGAGGUCUUUCAGCAGGUGGACAUAUGACUGCUGUUUUGGGUCAUUUUGCUCGCGACGAGGGCAUCGACAUCAAGUUGCAGCUCUUGAUUGUCCCGGCUACAGACAUGCGCUACUGUAACUCAAAGAUAAAACAACUCACUGCAGAGAACUGUCCAUAUGAGAGUGUCUUGCAGUUGAAGGAUGUUCCAUGGGGGCCUCUUGGGCGAGAGCAAUGGUUCUUGAAAUAUUUCGUUGGCGAGGACGCUGAUGAGCUGGAGGAUAAAUUGAAUAGCGAGUGGAUCCUUACUCCAGUUAUCGCCCCAAACUUCAAGGAUCUUCCUCGGGCGCAUAUUGUCACUGCAGAGUUUGAUCUCGAAAGAGACGAAGGAGAGUAUUAUGGGCAGUUACUAAGGAAUGGUGGGAACGAGGUUACGGUGAAGCGCUAUGCCGGCUGCCCUCAUGCUUUUGCGCAUUAUAAUCAUCCAGAGAGAGGUUUGGCUAGGGCCUUUGAGUUCAUUGAGGAUACGGCCAAGUUAUUAAGAAAUGUCCACAAGAUAAUUUCAUAG